AUAUAUACGAACAUGGACCAGCUGACAGACAUUCCAUCGAAUUCAAAACAAAAGUUUAGUUUCUCAUUUUUCAUCAAAACUGCUCAAUUUUUACACAUUAAUGUCCAUUUAACAUCGAUUAUUAAGUGUUACCACCAGCAAACAGAAUGGGCCAGGUGAAAAGCCAAUUCAGCGAAGAAGAGCUGCAGGACUACGAAGACCUAACGUAUUUCACAAAGAAAGAAAUCCUCUUUGCGCACAAAAAAUUCAAGGCCCUCGCUCCGGAGAAGGUCGGCCACAACAAGAAUGCCCGCCUGGCGAUGACCAAAAUCCUCCAAUAUCCGGAACUGCGCGUCAACCCGUUCGGGGACCGGAUCUGUAAGGUGUUCAGCAGCUCCAACAAUGGGGAGAUUUCCUUUGAGGACUUCCUGGACAUGAUGUCGGUGUUCUCGGAUGCUGCCCCCAAAUCGGUCAAGGCGGAACAUGCGUUCAGGAUUUUCGACUUUGAUGGCGAUGACAUGAUUGGGAAGAAUGACCUCAAACAGGUCAUCCAGAGACUCACGGGUUAUAACAAUGCCCUCAAUGAAAGCGAUAUUGAUCAACUGAUAACGAAUAUCCUAGAAGAAGCGGAUCUCGAUGACGAUGGGGCACUUUCUUUUGCCGAGUUCGAGCACAUCAUUGAUAAAUCCUCCGAUUUUACAAACUCCUUCCGCAUCAGACUGUAGGACCACAACCGUUUAGCUCAAUUAUCCAGGCCAAAAAAUGACCGUUUUGUAAUCUCCUUUUACGAAAACAUCCAAAAUACGAAACUCCUCGUCAGAUAUUAGAUUUUUGUGAUUUAGAAAUUUAUUUACGUUGUUCUUACUCGUGUAUUAUUAUUACGCACAAUAAAUGCUAAGCUUAGUAUGAAAA